UCUCUGCAGGUACAUCCGCACCAUGUACCUCGGCAUACAAAGCCACCGGCAGAAGGAGAACCAGAGGCGUUUUUACUGGGCUAUGAUGUACGAGUAUGCUGAUGUCAACAUGCUGCGACUGCUAGAGACCUUCUUAGAAAGCGCCCCUCAGCUGGUGCUGCAGCUCUGCAUCAUGAUCCAGAGCAACAAGGCUGAGUGGCUGCAGUGUGUUUCUGCCAUGUCCUCCCUCCUGUCCCUGGCCUGGGUGCUAGCCUCUUACCACAAACUCCUGCGUGAUUCACGUGACGACAAGAAGAGCAUGAGUUACCGAGGUGCCCUGGUGCAUCUGUUCUGGCGCCUUUUUACCAUCUCCUCACGGGUGCUCUCCUUUGCCCUAUUUGCCUCUGUUUUCCACAUCUACUUUGGCAUUUUUGUGGUGCUCCAUUGGUGUGCCAUGGCUUUCUGGGUCAUCCAUGGCGGCACCGACUUCUGCAUGUCCAAGUGGGAGGAGGUACUGUUCAAUAUGGUGGUGGGUGUGGUCUAUGUCUUCUGUUGGUUCAAUGUACGUGAGGGCCGGACACGGUACAGAAUGGUGGCCUAUUACACAGUAGUACUGUUAGAGAAUGCCAUCCUCAGCUCCCUUUGGUAUGCGUACCGCGACCCAGCCACCACUGACGCCUAUGCCUCUUUUGCCCUCUGUGGCGUCUUCCUGUGCUUUGCCUCAGGUGUGGCCUGUAUAGUUCUCUAUUACGGGGUCCUACACCCCAUGGGCCCCCGGCUGAGGGUGCUGGCCAGCUCCUGCUGCGCUGAGCUGCUGUGGGGCCUUCCGUUACCCCCCGAGGCUGAGCCCAUGGCUCCCACACCAGGCCCCCGUGGCUCUCAGGCCACCCCCACACGGGGUCUGGCAGGGGAACACGUGGAGUCCGACGAAACAGCCACGGACACCUGCCUUCCGGUUUUCCAAGUGAGGUCCACAGAGCCCGUGGAUGCAGCUGGCAGGCCCAUCCGGCCUGAGGGUCCUCUCAUCAAGAUAGACAUGCCCAGAAAACGCUACCCAGCUUGGGAUGCACACUUUGUGGAUCGGCGCCUGCGCAGGACCAUAAAUGUGCUGCAGUACAUUAGCCCUAAUGCGGUGGGCAUCAGGUACAGGGACGGUCCGCUUCUAUAUGAACUCCUGCAGUAUGAAUCCUCCCUCUGAAGGCAUCCUCUCCCACAGCUCUGUCACCUCCUCUUACACACAAUGAUGCACAUGCGUUUCCUUUCUUUCAUUCUGCUCUUCCUCCUCUCCAGAUAAUAUCUCUCUCCAUUUGACACUCUCACACCUGCUCUCUCCUUCUCCCCCCUUCAACCAUUCAAUUUUCCUGCAGGAGAUGUGUGUUUUGUCAACUGAAAAUCUGUCAAGACAGUCUGAACACACAGUCAUGAUUUAUUUUUGGAAAAAACAUACAGUACAGAGAGAAAAUUAUGAACCUAACGUAUCUUAUGUGAUAUAUUCAAAAGUCUCAUAUAAAUCCCUCUACAUUGAUAGAGGAGGGUUCUGUAUGAGUGUGUAGAUAACAUAUGAAUGUUUCAUUAUGAAAUGUGUUUAAUGCAUUAUACUGUAUUGGUGAUUCAACCUGUGAAUACUUGUGAAGGGCAUAUUGUAUGUCCCUGUGACAUGGGACUGGUGCAAAGCCUGAUGGGAAUGAUGGAGGAGAAUCUCACAGGGGGCAGGUCUUUGCACAUCCCAACAUUUACUGCCAUUCUUUAUGUAAAUCAUUGAAAUGUACGAUACUGUUUACCAAGUCCUUAGCCCGUGAAUUACAAAGCACUGUCAUUACUAUCAUGAUAAUGUAAAUUCUACACAGGACACAAUCAAAUAUGUGUCUGGGAGAGGCAAUUCAAAACAGAUUUUUCCUCUGUGAGCUCACAUGGCUCAAGUGUAUCCUGGCUGUACUAUUUUUGUUCAAAAUCCUAAAUGGUAAUCACAUCAUGUAUGGAAGAAAAAAGAAGCACACUGACCUUCAAUCAGUUCCACUCACAUAUUCAAUUUUUCCAGUGCAGACUGCCCUCCAGUGGAGGCAAGCUGUAAGAGCAUGCCUUCCUUGGCCAGUUUUGCCCGAAGUUGUGACAGCACAAAAAUGUUAAGAUAACCACUUGAGGUGGGAAAAAAAGAAACACAGUAAGAGGAAUGUAGAAUGUAGUUGAAAUGAGCACAAUGUUUUCUAAAUUGGUGGAUAGAAAAUCAUAGUAAAAACAUUCCAAAGACUUUUUUUAAAGAUUGUAGGUGUUUAGUAAAGGAUAGAAGGGUAAAAAUGUGUGUUAACACGCACUUUGUUUUGAAGUGCAAAGACAGCCUUCAAGGAAUCCUCCACCAUUCCCUACUGAAUCCUAGAAAGUACUCCCUUUUCAAAAACUCCCUAUUUUGUUUUCUUAUCAACAAAUGUUUUAGGUUGAUUAAUAUAUGCUUAUUGGGUGCAAAGACUUGUAAUAAGUUCUUGAGAAAAAUAUGACAAAUCUGAGAAGAUAUUUCUAUGCUAUUAUACUUCAGUGCGUAUUUGUGUCCACAUUUAUAGUCAUUGACAUAACUAUAUUUUGCCAGAGCACACACUUUUUUACAUAACAAAACAUGUUGCAGUGUUAAAAAGGUAUACUCCUCAAUAUCAGUGUGCCCUCAAAAGAGGUUGUACUCUUAUAUGGGUGUACAGGGCGACUGUUCUGGCACCUGCUAGCGCAGUUUAAACAAAGCCAAAUCGCAUCUUACAGUACUGUCUUUCAAAUUUAUCUGCCCCCUUGAACCAGUAGAAUGAGUCCAUGCAAAAUGUGUGCCAUCUAUAGGCCUGCUGUGCAGCAGUAAUACACUGAUAUACAUCUCCCAGCUGAACCUGCGGGAGCUCUCCACCACAGACACCCACGGGUCGACCACUGUAUUCAAUCAUGAGAAAAAAAUAUUUUAAAAAAUACGCCUUCUAAGUCAAAGGAGCUUGACUAAAAUUUCCAGAGAGGGCAACUGAACAAUUCAUGAGAAAAAUGAAUGCAUUUCAUAAUCCAAUUUUAUCUAUUUACUUAAUGGUCCAUCUUAAUAUAUAAUGUGUGUUUUUUACAUUGUAGUGUUUGGCAUGACUUUAGUAUGAGGCAUUAGUACAAAUGCACCCAACAAGGGAGGCCCAAGAGCCCUACACAAAACAGAGAUUCCUUUUUCCUGACUCACUGGCUUUCUGCUUAGCUGUGGCCACACGUGCCUGCUAACAUCGUACUGUAAAAGGCAGAUGCCACGUAAGUUUAGGCUAAAGGCGAGAGGGGUUUUUGCCAGGGUUGGAAGAGAACAUGAGGACAGAUCGUGAUAAAGGGCCUGAUGGAGUAUGGAGUGUGAUUCCUCGUGCACUUGUGUGAGGAAGUGUGAGUGUUCACCUCUCAGCAUGUAUUGUGCAACCUACAGUAUGUAUAUGUUAGAGGAUGUAAGUAUGCGUGCAUGGUGGCGGGUGUGUGCUUGCACUUGUCCAUGCAUCUGUUCAGCCCUUUCCCACAGUUCUGUUCUCUUGCCGAUUGUUCGACUCCAUCCUUGGUUGCUGCUCCGCCCUCUUCCCCAUCUCUACGGUGCUGGGCCUUGGUACUCUCCCGCAAAACACUCUCACACUCUCUGGUAACUGAACAACGGGGUUGAGGCUGAACAACUGGAGAUCCUGACAUGAGAACAUGCAAUGAGGUACACUGCCAUAACCAAGAGCUUCAACAUCCAGGGUCUGCCACCCUUCAGCUUAAAUGCGAUGUUCAGCCCUGAGUAAUUGAGAACUGUUGGGUCAGCUAGGGUGGAGCAAACAUCCAACACACCAUAUGUAUAGAUAUACAUGUGUAUGCAAAACAACCAACUUGUUCAUUGUUUACCAUAGUAGCCAGAGUAGUUCCACUCUGUUGUAGUGAAUGAACAGCCAUGUUAACAGUUAGUCAAUGAAUGAAUAAUGAAUUAUAAGUAUUGUUAAACUAAAAAAAAACAAAGCAAAACAGCCAAUAUAGGGGUUCCUCAGGACCAAUAAUCAAGACCACUGAACCAGCUGACUCAGGGGUGUCUCAAUGCAGUUCUCAUCCCCAGGCAUGUCCUCAAGGGUCUCCAUUUUUUCCUUAACAUUUUGCAUCCUGGACCACUCCUCGGCUGGGAUUGUACCACUAAAUUAUGGUUUGCACAUUUUGUUUUGUGGGAAUGAUUACUCAUUCUUCUUACUGGGGGGCGGGGGGCGGGGGAGGGGCGGUUUUUUGUGGUAGUUGGCUGCCUGGCAUUCGGUGCAUCCUUUCUAAACACUGCUGACCUUUUCCAGACGUGGACACAUGUCCAAAUCAGGUGCAAAUACACUGUGAUUCAUUCAUUUUUUGUGUGUGUGUGAGACAACAGUAUUAUACAGUAUAGCAUCAUAAAAGAUUAUGUACAACUGGGCUACAUUUCAUCUAGUGGUGCUUAAUGUCGUAUAACGCAGAGUAUUUAUGCUUGCGUAACAGUGUCAUUAGAAUAGUGGUAAUGACAGUUAAUUAAACUGAUUGAUUUUAAUUAAGUCUACAAAGAAUCUCUAUGUACAAGUCCGGAUUUUUAUGAAACAUGCAGUAUAUUUUACGUAUUUCUACAGAACAAUCACCAUUUUGCCACAUUCUAUAUCUAGUAAAAAGGAUUAGCUAGAAGCUGGUUAAUAAGUGGGUUUUAGUUUUUAUAUAUUUUUCUUGUUUUCUUUAAAUUAUACACGGGUUUCAAGAGCUAAGCUACACAAGAGUGCAAGUGGAAGCUGUUUCUAUACUAUACAGUGUAGUAUUCGGGCUGCCACACUUUAUACCACAAACAAGGUCACAAAGAAAUCACCUGCAGAGAAUUGUUUCUGUCAGGUUACCUGCCCAACUCUACAUCCCUCGAUGGCCACAACACACAGCAAGAGCAUUUGAACAGCAUGCUUGUUCUUCUCAGUCCUUGUUGUGCCUUGUUACUUUGGGUGCUUCAAUCCAGCCAUGGCAGCCAGGUCCGCAAACAACGAUGCCAAUGUCUUUCUUUACUCGUUUCAUGUGCCAGCACACUCACCAAGAUGACAACACCAAACAAUAUUCCCCUGUCUGUCUCCACAAAACCAGAUCAAGCCAAGUUUCUCAAUUCUGUCAGCUUACACCUCAAGAUGACCGUGCUAUUUAGUCUUACAGUUCCAUUCAAGUUGUCAUCUACAGGACUGCACUGUUACCUAGUUACAGUGUCGCAACUAAACUUCACAGUGUGACAGAACCAAAUACUGUGGGUACUGUGCGAAACCCAGUUACUGGUUCUUUCAGAGACAUAGGAGAAAUAGUAAGGCAAUACUGAACAUCACCUGUACUUGAACAUAGGAUUCCUCAUCUUUAUUACGUUUGACAAAGCUGAAUCGCUACAGCCCAAGCUGAUUCAGCAAGUUACAAUUAGCAAAAACCGUUAGUUUUGGACUGUUUGGAUGGAUAGUCAUAACAGGUGCCAGCCACGAUACUAAACGAUUUGGUCAAUGAUUGUUUUGUACUUUUGUCUAUGCCUUUACAUCUUCUUCUGUCUUGCAAUGAUGAAUGAUUUGUAGUGCCAAGACGUAAAACUUUCUGUGUCGUUUGUCUUGUGUGAACAAUACAUUCUCUAGCCAAAACAAUAAUGCCUGCGGUUGGAAUAAGUCAGUGAGUCAAAAUGCGCAAAAAUCUGUUAUGUUGCAUUUCCUUACAGUGGAAUGAUGAAACAGGCCCGAUCACUGAUUCACUUUUGAAUAACCUCAUUUCCUGGUUUUCCUACCACCUCCCAGCAUGCCUUUAGAACUCAUUGUGAGGUGACCCUCAACAUUUAGCAUGUAAGUGCUCUUGACUGCACAAACAAACCCUCUGAUUUCUGCAUUAAUGUGUAGCAGCAGGCCAUUGUAGUGUUUGACUUGGUUUAAGUCUGUACCUUUGUGUCAUGACCAUCUGUUUGGCCGUUGGAGCAGUAUGUCCAGAUGAUAAAACGGUGCAUUUUCUUCUUUUUCUUUGACUCCUUUGAUUUUUGGUAAUAACCUGGUGCUGAAUAAAUACAUUUAUAAGGUGCUACCACUGUGGACUGCAAAGUCCAUUUUUUGGCUUUCUGAGAGCAUGGCCUUCCGGUUGACUGAGAGAACCUGCACUCCACAAACUUGCAGUCUCAAAAAUGCUCAAGAGCAAGCACCUCAAAUCCACACAGUUUACAGCAGAACUCAACUCUCAAUGGUGCCAUCUUGAUUUUCCAAUCUGCACAAAAACAACAGUUACUCUACUGUUCAUAUGUUUAUUAUACUGGUUUCAACAUACACUAUGUUUUAGUUUUUACUAUGAUUCAAUCUGCACUAGGAUUUUUUUUUCUUUUUUUUUCUCUGAGAGAAUGAAACUGGCAGAUGACAAAAGGCAUCUUUUGGCAAAUGCACAGGAGCACAAAUGUACUUCUGCUACUGGAAUUUGAGUAAAAAAAGUAUAUAGAACGUGAUUGCUGUGUUGUAAAUUCCUGUCAUCUAUAUGUCCUUAAUCUGUGUGUAUCUAUUUUUGUUGUUAUUGUAGAAUUGGCUGUAAUAUUUUGUUUAAAAAUGGAUUUGAUAUUCCAAUGAAGCGACUAUGGGUGUCAUAUUAAUUGCUGCUGACUUUUUGAAAUUGUUAUCAAAGGUGUUGGGAAAUAUUGCUUUGUUUAUAUUCAAUCAAUUUCUAGAUUGUGUUAGCUUGUUGGUGUAUUUCACAAACCUAUCAGGAUAUUCCCUAGGCUAUAUGAUUUAUCCGGGGUAUUCCAAAAGUUGGCACAAUGUCAGUGAGCAAAUUCGCUACAGUCUGUAGCAUCUUUAUGAAAGUGUACUCAUACAACCUAUGUUGUGACUGAGAACCUAUAAGGAAUGAUUUCUUUGUUGUUGUUAAAUAUAAAAUGUAAGUAAAUUGUUUCAUGGAAUCCCCAUUCUUUAAAAAAGCAAAACUGAUGUCCAGUAUUGUACCUACGCCCUAUUUUUGGGAACAAUAUGAAUAUUAUUAAUAACAUAUGGUGCUAAAGUUCUUUUUGUAUGUUUUGGUUUUUAGAAGAAAAGAGAAAUAUUAUGCUGAAAAUGUAAUGUUAAGCCUUACUGUAGAUUGAUAUAUCAGACUGUUCAUCCCAGAAGAGAAAAAUAAAUAUAGUAUUUGAAAGUGCAA